AAGUGGUGGCUUGGGGAGCGUGCACCUGAGUCGGUGGUGCAGUGCCCUGGACCCUUGCCAUGGAGGGGUCUAACGAGCCGGUCCUGGAUGCUACGGCCAAGGUCACCAACCAGCCUGUAGAUUUUCAGUGGAAACUGGGUAUGGCUGUGAGCUCAGACAGUUGCAGAUCACUUAAGUAUCCUUAUGUUGCAGUGAUGCUAAAAGUGGCAGAUCAUUCAGGCCAAGUAAAGACCAAGUCUUUUGAAAUGACAACUCCACAGUUUCCGGUUGAAGAGAAGGAAGACAGAAUAUGUUUGAUCCCUUUCUUAUCUGAAUUUGAAAAAAGAAGAUGACUUCUACAGGAGAACUAUCAGACUAGCUCAAUUUUUAAAUGAAAGAAAAAUAAGCUUCUACCAUUUAAGCCAUUGUCAAUGUUGGGUCUCUCAUAUUGCAAUUGAAUCCAUAUCUGAAACAAAACAGCCCCUAUCACCCUGAAAUGCAGUCUUUCACUAGAUGUAAAGUGAUUUGAGGCCUGGGAACCAACCUGUCAUUUUUUGUUAUUUUAAUCUUCAGUGUCUAAGACAGUGCUGGCUAGU